AUGGACCAAUCGCAGGGGCGCUUAGUGGGAUUUAAGUCGCGUGGCGUUUAUGUAACGAAAUUCAAACUUCCAGAGAGAGAGACAAAGCAAAGCAGCUAUUGCGUCUCACUAGUUUCUCCAAGAGGUUUGCGAAAACGUGAUGGCUCAGUUUGGAUUUGAGAAUGAUAUCCACAGCAUUUUAAAGCUCGACAUGCCGAUUACAAACGCUCCGGUGAUUGCGAGGUGGCAACGGAAGGGCAGCUCGUCAAACACAGCGGCCGCUCUGAGCAGCUUGUCGCCCGGAAAACCUGCCAGUUUGUCGCAGAGUUCAUCCAAAACGCCCAGCAAAACCCCAGGAAAAAAUAAAAAAACGCCCUCGAAAAUGGGAGGUGAUCGCUACAUUCCCACCAGGAACAACAAACAAAUGGAUGUGGCAAAUUUCCUGCUCACUAAGGAGAAUGAACCAGUGGGUGCAAAUGCAACAGUCUCAACAGAAAACCAGAAGUUUUGGUCCAUAUCACUUAAUGGUUACAACAUUAAUGAUGCAAAGAUUUUACACCUUGGAGGGCAGCCUCUGAAUGCACCUGAAGGCUAUCAAAACAACCUAAAGGUCCUCUACAGUCAGGCUACAACCCCAGCUUCUCUGAAAAAGAGCAGAUACAUCAGUUUAACUCCAGACAGAAUCCUGGAUGCUCCUGAUAUUCGUAAUGAUUUUUAUUUAAAUCUGCUUGACUGGAGCAGUCAGAACCUUCUUGCUGUGGCUCUAUGCAACAGUGUGUAUCUGUGGGAUGCUACAGUGGGAGAUGUUACUCUUCUCAUGAAGAUGGAGCACGAGGAAGACUACAUCUGCUCACUGUCCUGGACAAAAGAAGGCAGCUACCUUGCUGUUGGAACCAGUGACUGCAAAGUUCAGUUGUGGGAUGUUGAGCAUCAGAAGCGGCUGCGCAGUAUGGCCAGUCACACAGCUAGAGUUGGUAGUCUAAGCUGGAAUGACCAUGUUCUGUCCAGUGGCUCCAGAUCAGGACACAUCCACCACCAUGACGUUAGGGUGGCAGAUCAUCACAUCUACACACUAGAUGGUCACUCGCAGGAAGUGUGUGGCCUUAAGUGGUCCCCAGAUGGACGAUACUUAGCCAGUGGCGGUAACGACAACUUGGUGUACUUGUGGCCUCGCGUUAAUGAGGGAAAUGGCAGCGAGCCACUCCACCGCUGGAGCGAACAUCAGGGAGCUGUCAAGGCUUUGGCCUGGUGUCCAUGGCAGUCAAAUAUUCUUGCUUCUGGAGGUGGUACAAGUGACCGCCACAUCCGCAUAUGGAAUAUAAACAGCGGCUCCUGCCUCAGCUCACUCGACACUCAGUCUCAGGUCUCAUCACUUGUAUUUGCACCCAACUACAAGGAGCUGGUGUCUGCCCAUGGAUAUUCUCACAACAAUGUUGUCAUCUGGAAAUAUCCUUCUCUUAGCAAAGUUGCAGAGCUUAAUGGCCAUGAGAACAGAGUUCUCAAUUUGAUUUUGAGCCCUGACUGCUCCACUGUCGCCACUGUUGCUGGAGAUGAAACGAUUCGUCUGUGGAAGAGCUUCGAGUUGGAUCCUGUCAAAAAGAAGACCAGUGAGAGAACAGCCCAAUCAACGAGUGGUGUUCUUCGUCACGCCAUCAGAUAGAGCUCCAUAUUUUUACAAUCGAUUGAAGACGUUGAGGUUUAUACUAAAUGAGGGUUGUACAAAUGUUUUAUCAGCAAUAAAGGUUAUGAUGUAGUUAUUGAUCUUCAUGGUGUGCUAAUGUUUUUCAAAUGUUGAGAGCUGCUACUCAAGUUUCAUGUUUUUAUUUGACAUUUUUAUCUUGAAAUUUUAAUUUAUACAAUUUUCUGUUGUAUAAAA